AUUAUGCUCAAACAGGUUCCACUGGUAUUUACACUAUAACAAUUGUCAGAACCCAUUUUACGGGACUAGUUGGAGAAGGACAAGCCAACCUGUAGAGCUUCAUGAGCACCUGCUGGAACAAUCACAAUGUUGGGGACGGACAACCUGAGAUCUGGCCACAUGCUCCUUUUGCUGCUUGUAGCCAGUUCAAUAUUACUGGGCAUUAGCUAUCUGAAUGAGAUGUAUCAAAGGAUCCAACUUCAGACAGACUUGGCCAUUGUGGAAAGACAAGCACACCAUUCUGUAUCGGAGAAAUCAAUUAUUCACCAUAGGGCAGCCCAAUUAGAGUUGAAACUAGAAGGUGUCAUCCAAGAAAAGAAGAGGUUAGAAGGUAUUCAUGAAUUUCAAUCGCAGCAGCAAAAUUCUAAUUUUGAAAGGGAAAAGCAAGACCUUCUAAAGACGAUAUCCUUAAAAGAGGAGAAGAUGGCAGAACUAAAAGAUAAAUAUGAAAGCCUGAAAUUACGUUUUGACAAUCUUCACUCAGUAAUGGAACAAGUUGAAAAAAAUCAGUCAAGACUUCUGGAAAAAUUUGCCACCCAGUCGACUCAGUGCAUGAAUGUCAUUGGUAUGAUGAGUAAAUUAUGUAGUAUGGGUAAAAACAAAAUACAAAAAAUACUACCAUUUAUCAAAGAAAAAGAUACUUUCAUGACUGCAGUCACCAGCCAAUCACCCGCUGUAACAUACAAACUUAAAAACAUUUCAGAGGCACCAAAUCCAGAAGGUGGCUUCACGAAAGCUCAAACGCCUCUGAUGCAAGCUAUAACAGACAUCUCCUUAUCAUCGUCAGAUGGCAAGCGAAGGCAUUUGACUGUUGGUCCUGGAGUAAAUAAUGUGAGCUCAGAACCAGAAAAUACUACAAGCCCGAAGAAAGACCAAUAUAAUGCAUUGGCCCCUAAAAACACACUACAAGGACGCUAUCUAAAUGGAACAACACAGGAGAAAAAGACCAGUAAAGCUGAGAAGAUGCUGCUUACCCAACAAAAUGACACUUUUCUUAAUGAGACACUCAUCAAAAAUGAUGUGAAUGAAAACUCCACCAGGCGACAAAGGACCAAAGAAAAACUGCUUUCAGAUUCACGUACAGAUCCCCAAAAUCUGUUUAGAGAUGUCAGUUAUUAUAAACGUGUCAGUGAAAUGAAGAGAAACACACUGAAAAAUCUACAGUUACAGCUGACUAAUUCAAGUAAUCUGGCGAUACGCGGAGCGCAAAUCAAUGUAACAGAAAGUGAUGGAGAGGAAAAACGUAAUCUCACAUUAUUAGAAGACAGAACACCAGAAACUAUUAUCAGAAAAAAAGCCACAGAGGAAACGACAAAGGUUACCUCGGAGAAUGAAUUAAGUUCACUUCUGGAUGUUUACAACACAGAGGAAAAAGAUAAAGAUGGAGACAUUAUAAAAGAGAAGAUAAAAGAUGACGAAACACAUUUGGCAGUCACUAACAAGAAAAAUUCUAAGAAAUUACAGACUCCGAGAAUAGAAUAUAUUGAAUAAGAGACUCAUUAAAUCUAAUUAAAUAAACAUAAUACAAAUCUAUGAACUGUCUUUAUAAAUAAAAAAAUAUUAUUUAAAGCUGUAAACGA